AUGAAUGCAGGUAUAUCACUCAUUCUGUGGUCUGGUGAAUUUGGCGGAAUGCAGUUUGGUGGUAUUCAAGCUAGGAAAAAGACCCAAAUUUUUAAAAGAUUACCGUUUAAUUACUGUUCGUUAUCUCUACAACCGUUCGAACAUCCUGUAUGUUCACCCGAGGGAACAAUUUUUGAUUUGAGAAAUAUAUAUCCUUAUCUAAAGAAAAAUGGUGUAAACCCUGCUACAGGUGAAAAAUUGGAUCCUAAAUCUUUAAUUAAACUUAAUUUUCAUAAGAAUGCAAAUGAUGAAUAUCACUGUCCUGCAACACUUAAAGUUUUCAAUGAUCACACACAUAUUGUUGCAAUUAAGACCACUGGAAAUGUUUACGCAUAUGAAGCCAUUGAACGACUAAAUAUUAAAGUCAAAAAUUGGUUGGAUUUAAUAACUGAAGAACCUUUCACGAGAAAAGAUAUAAUAACUAUACAGGAUCCUCACAAUCUUGAAAAUCGUAAUUUUUCGAACUUUUAUCAUGUAAAAAAUGACUUAAAAGCAGAUGAAGAUCAAAAUGCAAAGGAUAAUCCUUUGAAUGACAUUAAUAUCAGUGCUGUGGGAUCUGCAGCACGCGUGUUAAACAAAAUUUCAAGUCGUCAAGAUGAAGUACCUGAUCAAAAACAAAAUAUUAGUACCGAGUCGAAACCUGCCUCUGAAAAAAUAACAAAAGUCUCAUCGUCUGUAGGAUCUAAACCUAAGAAAUUGCCAUAUAACGCCGCACCAUAUACACGCGGUCUCGCAGCUGCCUCAUUUACGUCCACUGCAAUGACGCCUGUUACUGUAAAUGAAAAUGCGCUUAUUGACGAAGAAGAAUUUAUGUUCAAGGAAAUUAAAGCCAAGGGUUAUGCCCGUGUAACGACUAAUCUCGGUAAUUUGAACGUAGAACUUUUUUGCGAUAAGAUACAAGGUGGAGAUCCUACUGGUACUGGCAAAGGAGGAGAGUCAUAUUGGAAAAAAGAUUUUGUGGACGAAUUUAAAAGCAAUUUGUCACAUAAUGAACGAGGUCUUUUAAGUAUGGCAAAUAGAGGAAAGAAUACUAAUUCAUCUCAGUUUUUCUUUACUUUUCGACCUUGCGUACAUUUGGACAACAAACAUACAAUUUUUGGGAAAAUAGUUGGAGGAAAAGACGUUUUAGAUAAAAUGGAAUCUGUACCUACAGAUGAUUCUGAUCGUCCGUUAAAUGAAAUUAAGAUUGUUAAUGUAACUGUAUUUGUGGAUCCAUAUGAAGAAUACAAAAAAAAUCUUGAAAAAAAACUGAAUCGACAAUCAACAGAAAAACAAGAUAAAAAACCGCAGAAAAAUGAAAAGGAUUCAACAACCAAUUGGUUCGGUAAUAAAGUAUCAUCAUCUAAAGAAGAUAAUGGUGUCAUUGGAAAAUAUUUAAAGUCUGCUAUAUCAAAAAAACGAGAACUUGUGAACGAAGAUGAUUCGACCGAAGAACAAUUUUUAGAUACAGUUCCAAAAAAGCCAAAGCCCACUGGUUAUAACUUUGAUUUUAGUAAAUGGUGA